AUGACGUUAUUCCUUCUGAUGGUCUUCUGUUUGGCAGCCAAAUCGUGUCAGGACAACCAACACUGUUCAGAGUGUAACACAGCAUAUGGCGACUGUAUCACAGAAUGUCAUCCUGGAUAUUUCGGUUCCAAAUGCAAAUCUGUUUGCAGCAAGAAUUGCAAGCAGGGAAAAUGUAAACUGUUGAAAAGUGCCGGAACUGGGAAGUGUACGGAAGGCUGUGAACCUGGCUAUCAUGGCGAGAACUCGAUAUAUUCUGAGGAACAUUGUUUGGAACGAGAUGUGAACAUUACAAACGUGUGUACACCUGAGUGCCACAAUGAGAGCGGUGAGUGCAUCCACGGUUGUGUUGCUGGCUGGUAUGGUCAAAUGUGUUCAUCUCCGUGUAACGCUAACUGCAUUAACAAACGUUGUAAUGACACAGGGGUGUGUGCCGAAGGUUGCGCAGCAGGUUAUUUUGGAAAAGAAUCUGUAUGCUACAUCUGUUACCGCAAGGGUCGGUCCUCCACAAGAAAUAAUCAACUAGAUGAGGUGAUACACAAUGCCGUAACAGAACAAGUUGUCACAGGAGAGUACCAGGCCUUACAUCGGUAUUGGGAAAUUAGAGAAGCAGAUAUGAACACGGAGAGUGAGCCAUCGAACAGUCAAGACAUCGGCGGAAAGAUGGCCACUGAAACAUACACAACUAUAGGCGCACGAUAUAUCUCGCCGAUUGAUGAUGACAAGCCCUAUUCUGAAUAA